CGGCGAUCUACUACUAGCGGCUGACCGCCGCGAGCGCGCGGCAUGUCGCGGGUUAAGAUAUUCCCAUCCAUUCGCUUGGUACUCCUGCCGUCGCUAUCGUAAGAAGAGGACGAGGAGAAUCAAUUGAUCGAUCAGGUGAGGGCGUGAGGCGAGGGGGUUCUCGCAGCCCAAACGGUCUCGAUCCCAACCCCAUCCGCGCUCGCUGCCAUGCCGGCAAUUUGUGGCCACACCUCCACCGCCGGCUAUCCCAGUAGCUCCCCCUUCCAUCCCAACGCGUCGCAUCGCAUCGCAUCGAAUCUGCGAUCCCGCUACCACCUGCCUGCUCCGGGCCGGCGCGCGCGCGCGAGGGAGGAGCGGGACAUCAGCUGAUCAGCCUGCAGCCCUGCAGGAGGGAGGGAAACUUCGCUUCGUCCUCCUCUGCACUCCACGAGCAACGCUCUCCUACUCCAUGGCAGCGACCGCCAUGAUUGGGCUUGCCACUUUACGCUGCCACCACCACCGCGUCUCCGCCCGCCCCCGCGCCACGUCGGCUGUCCGCUCCUGCACGCUUCCUCCUCGAUGCCGACGAUGCGGAUCGGUCACGCUCCAUUCCUCUUGUGCCGCGUCCCCGCCCCGUGGCCGCCCAGCAGCAGCAUUGAGCCGCAUCGCUGCCGGCAACACUACUGGCUUCAUGGGUCCAUCCAAAUCCAACAAUGGCACCGCCGCGCUUCCCCGAUCGUCAUCGUCCGACUUUCGCCGCCGGCUGAUCGUCCCCAACUCCACCGGCAAUGCCAGCGCCACGUCCGGUUCAUCCGGACUGCUGCCCACCAUUCUUGGCGUCGCGCACCUGCUCGUGUCGCUGGGCAUCGUGGUCGCCACCGACAAGUUCCUCAAGCAGGCAUUCGUCGCCGCGUCCAUCAAGUUCCCAAGCGCCCUCUUCGGCAUGUUCUGCGUCUUCUCCGUGCUCGUCGUCUUCGACGCGUUCGUGCCCGCUCUCGCCAAGGGAUUCAUAGACUUCUUUGAGCCCGCCACUCUGUUCAUCCAGAGGUGGCUGCCCCUGUUCUAUGUCCCGUCCCUGGUCGUGCUGCCGCUAGCCGUCAGGGAUGUCCCAGCGGCUUCAGGCCUCAAGAUCUUCGCAAUCACCUUUGGUGGAUGGUUCGCUUCACUCGCGGUCGCGGGGUACACAGCGCUAGCUGUGAGAAAACUUGUGAAGACGCAGCUUAUACCAUCAGAGCCCAUGAGCAAGCCGUCGCCUUUUUCGACCUUCGAAACCUGGGCAUGGGGUGCCAUCUUCGUGGCAUCAUUUGGUGUUGCAUAUUUCAAUCCCACAGCACUUGGUACCACAGCAAGAACAUGCCUUCCGUUCCUGCUCGCUGCCAAUGUGCUGGGAUACAUGGUUGGUUCUGGGUUACCGGCCGGUGUCAAGAAAGUGUUGCAUCCAAUCAUCUCCUGCGCACUUUCUGCGGAUUUGGCAGCUGUAGCGUAUGGGUACCUCUCCGGGUCUGGACUUGAUGCCGUGCUAGGUGAUUACUUUACAAAGGCGCCCUCUAAUCCCGGAGCUGGUGACGUUCUAAUGGGUUUCCUUGGGUCUGUGAUCAUAUCAUUUGCAUUCUCAAUGUUCAAGGCGAGAAAGCUUGUGAAGAGGCACGCAGCAGAGAUCUUCACAUCAAUUGCCCUUGCAUCGACGUUCUCUUUGUACUCAACUGCUAUCAUAGGGCGCCUGAUAGGGCUGGAGCCAUCGUUAACCAUAUCGAUAUUGCCCAGGUGUAUUACCGUGGCGCUGGCUUUGAGCAUAGUAUCUUUCUUCGAAGGUGUAAACUCUUCGCUAACCGCUGCCGUGGUUGUCCUUACCGGGCUCAUUGGUGCCAAUUUCGUCCAAGCGGCUAUGGAUAAACUUGGUCUGAAAGACCCCAUCGCCAGAGGAAUAGGAACAGCGUCCAGUGCUCAUGGAUUGGGAACAGCAGCACUGUCAGCCAAGGAGCCCGAAGCGCUGCCUUUCUGCGCCAUCGCUUAUGGUCUCACGGGGAUUUUCGGAUCGCUGAUUUGCUCGGUUCCAGCAGUGAGGCAAAGCUUGAUAUUCAUAGCUGGUUGAGAUCAGGUCAUGAUGAGCGAUUCAGGCUCGCCGCUGUGGUUAGCAGAUACAAAGCAUUUCUGGUAACUGAUGAAUUCAUCAAUUCAGAGAAAAGAAGAUUUUUUUUUCUGUUUAAGAGAGUCAUGUUCAGAAAAGAUGAGAAAACAACGUCCCAGGUGAAAUUUUGGGAAAUAAUUUACCAUGUACAGAGGCUUGAAAAAAAAAAGGUGAACUAGAUGUUUACUCC